CCUCCACCUCCCGAGCCCUCCCCACCCUCCCACGCGGCGGCGGCGGCGCAGCAGCAGCAGCAGCAGCAGCAGCUGAAGAUGGUGAAGUUCCUGAAGCCCGGUAAGGCCGUGAUCCUCCUCCAGGGCCGGUUCGCUGGCCGGAAGGCGGUGAUCGUGCGCGUGUUCGAGGAGGGCACCCGCGACCGCCCCUACGGGCACUGCCUCGUCGCAGGCCUCGCCAAGUACCCCAAGAAGGUGAUCCGCAAGGACUCCGCCAAGAAGACGGCGAAGAAGUCCCGGGUCAAGUGCUUCAUCAAGCUCGUCAACUUCACCCACCUCAUGCCGACCCGCUACACCCUCGACAUCGACUUCAAGGACGUCGCCUCGGGAGGGCCCGACGCGCUCUCCACCCGGGACAAGAAGGUCGCCGCCUGCAAGGCCGCGAAGGCCCGCCUGGAGGAGAGGUUCAAGACAGGCAAGAACAGGUGGUUCUUUACCAAGCUCCGCUUCUAGAUGCCGGGCGUCCAGCAUAGUACCUGCUUUAGUUGUCAAUUUCAUGUAUCGGACACCCUUAUCUCGGUUUUGGUAUUGCCAUGAAGACUUCGUGCUUACUGUUAUGGAUCUUGGAGAGGAUGACAUGUCGAUGAUGUGUUAAAUGAUGUCAAUCAUAGAUCUUGCCCAAAUUUUGUUCAGAAUCAUUGCAUGGAAUGUGCUGUUCUCAAAUGUUUCAAUCUUGCGAGUGUUAGAUA